AUGGCGGCGGCGGGGGGCACCCAGGGCGGCGGCGGGAGCAGCAAUGUGUCGCUGCUAGCUGCGGUAGUAGUAGUAGCAGCGGUGACGAGGACAUUCAGUGUUUUCCUAACAGGAAGUUGUGUUUCUCUCCUCUCUACCAGGGCCACAGCCUCCAUGUUCCUGGAGAAGCAGAAGCUGAAUGUGGAAGGCAUGGUGUCUGGGUUCGAGGAGAAAUUAGCCAAAGAAGGCGCCAUUUAUGAUCAACCGAAUGCCCUCCCGAGUCGCAACCAGCAGCUGCAGCUUCUGCGUCAGGACGUCACCGCCAAGAAGGAUGAGGUGACUAAACUAGGCAGAGACUUGGACAUGACGGAGCAGUCCUGCAGCUCUUUGCAGCGGACAUUCAAUGAAUACUGUCCGGACAUCCGCCGCCAGGAGAAUGAGGUGAAACAGCUGAAGAACCGCUACACGUCUGUCAAUAAUCAGCUCCAGGAAAGGUCUGCCCUCUUAAAGCAAUCAACCAAUAAAAACCAAGAUUUCCAGAAUGCUGUUCAGGGACUGGAUUUCUUCUUGCUCAAUUUGCCCAAUAACUCCAUCAAACCUACAGACGAUGUGAAGCAAAUAACAACCAAACAAAACUCUCAAAGGAAAGUAGUUGAGGACACCAAGAAGAAAUCCGAUGAUCUGGACCGAGUCAAGUAUCUGUCCCGAGAUCUGCAGAGCGUCCUGAAUGAGUAUGACGCUAAGUUGAACACUUACCGUGGCACUCUGAAUGAGGAGGAUGAGGAUGAUGUUGACUAUGAGGAACCAGUCCCAACGUUGCGUCAAACUUCAACCAUGGCUAAGGCUGUACAGAGAAAGGAGAAAAAUCUACUGAACCUGUUCUCCGAGGUGUCUGCAGGAAACGAGCAGAUACUCCACCAGUUGGGGACAACAAAACACAUCAAGGCCAGGAAUGAACAGAAAGUCAGUCAGGUGGUGGUCCAUCAGCAGAUGCAGCUAAAAAGCGACAGGAAGGACCUGGAGGCAAGUGAUAGUCUGAAAAAGGAAUUAAGUGAGGAGGUAGCCAGACGCUUGCAUGCUGAAAGAGACCUGGAAACAUACCGUAAGAGGUUUGUGUCUCUGAAGAGUAGGAGAGGAGUGGAGAGGUUGGAGGAGAAGGAGGUGGUGGAAUACUACCAUGACCCGAAACUGGAGUUGGAACUCCAGUCACUGAAAAGUCGGAUCCAGGAUGAGUCUUUGAAGAGGACAAGAACCCGUUCGGAGAUCGAAAUUAUCAACGUGACGAUCCACAAACUGGAAACACAGCUGAUCACAGUCGAACCCAGACUGUUGACCAAGGUGAUGACGGAGUAUGAGAGAGACCCCCAGCUUGACAAAGACGCCGUCAGGAUGAGAGAAGAGAUAGAGAGGAUAAGGCUGAUGCUCCAAACGAGAGAUACUGAGAAAAUUCAAGUGAAAACCGAGCUCACGGUGUUGUCUCAGCAGAAACAAAAAACCAGGUCGAAGAUCGUGAAGAAGGAAGUGGUGAGGCUUGAGAAGGAUCCACAGAUGCUGAAAUCUGUUCUCACGUUCCAGACUAAUAUCUCAGAGGAGGAUUUCAGGUCCGAGUCGCUCAACACUAGCAUCUUUAGCACAAGGAGCCAGAUCAACACAUUGGAGAGGGUCAUUCCCACCAUCCAACCUAAGAUAGUCACCAAGAUGGUAAAGCAAGUACAGCAAGAUCCAAAAUCGCUGGAAGAGUCAAAGAAGCUGCGAAUUGCCUUGGAGGAGGAGAAGGAUGAGAAUGUUAUCUUGUUGAAGGACCUGACCACCAUGCUGAUAUGUUAUGGUGACCUGGAAAAGCUCAGACCUAAAGUUGAGGUCAAGGAGAUCAUCAAUGAGAUCUACAGAGUUGAUCCUGAGACAGAAAUCGAGCUGGUGCGUCUGAAGAAAGAACUUCAGGACUCUGUCCGUAACCGCACGAACCUGGAGUACGAAAGCAAGACAUUGAUUACGACUCUGACCACCCUGCGCUCUCAGAAACCCAAGAUAGAGUACAAGGAGGUGACCCAGGAAGUGAUCAAAGAAGAGAAGAGCCCAGAGGUUACCAGGGAAUUGCAAAGGCUGAACAACCAAGCUUCCCGUCUGCUAGUCAACUACGAGACCACCAUCGAGCUGCUGACCCGACUCCGCAGAGACAGAGAUGAGCUGAAGGUGGAAAAGUCCAAAGUGGAGACCAAGCUUGUCACGAAAGAGCUCAUCAAAUAUGAGAAUGAUCCUCUCCUUGAAAAAGAGGCUGACAGACUCCGGAGGAAUGUCAGAGAAGAGAUCCAACAACGCCGCAGUGUGGAGGAGUUGCUCUUUGAGAUCCAGAACCAGUACAUCCUCCUCGAAAGGCAGAAGCCCGAGGAGACGAUAGUCAUGCAAGAAGUGGUGCGUCUUCAGAAGGACCCCAAGCAGCUAGUGGAGCAUGACAAGUUGAACAAGAACCUAGACGAUGAAUUGAAAGCCCGCAGAAAGCUUGAUAUAGAGGUCAGACAGCUCAGAGCGCUGAUUCAAGACAAAGAGAGAACCCUGGCUCAGAUGGACGAACGCCAGAAGAAGAUUAAAGUGGAGUCCGAGCUCAGGCAGAUCAAGUCUCGCAUUCUUGAAUUGGAAAACGCUCCGCCGCCCGUUGAGGAAAGGAUCAUCAUCGAGGAGAUCCUGAAAGUGGAGCGGGAUCCUAAGCUGGACAGACUUACUGAUGAUAUACGCGCCGACAAGGAGACCGAAGCCAACCAUAUCAGUCGUAUUGAGAGAGAAAUCCGCAACCUGAGGUUAAAGUUGGAAAUUCUGCAAAAGGAGAAAACAAUAGAGAAGGUGGUUUACAGAGAGGUUGUUCGCGUAGAGAAAGACCCGGCGUUGGAGGCUGAAAGGGAACAUAUGAGAGACCUCGUAACGCAGGAGAGAAAUCUGAGGCGUGACCAGGAAGACGACACCCAGAACCUCCACAUCAGAAUUACUCACCUGCAUUCGUCGCACUCCGUGACUUCUGAGGAAGAAACCAGUCUCGUCAUCAUCAAAGAUACCAUGCAGAGAGAGAAGGAGGAUCUCCUCAGACAGCUCAAAAUGCUAGAGGCUCAAAGAAAUACCAUCACCAUGACCUUCCAGCAACAGUCCAAGCUGAUCAGUGAGAGAAACAUGAUGUCCAAGCAGAGGAGUCUGAGGUCAUCCUCUGACCUAGGACGGCUGGAGAAAGAAAUCCUCAACGAGAAGGACAAAAUACACCAGAGAGACAUACUUAUCAUCGAGUUGCAGAGCAGUGUCCAGAGAGAGGACCACUCUGAAACUCACACACGGGAGACAAACCUCUCAACGAAGAUCACCAUCCUGGAUCCAGAGACCGGUAAAAACCUGUCUCCCUAUGAUGCCUAUGCACAGGGGCUGAUUGAUCGCAAACACUACAUCCAGCUGUCUGAGUUGGAAUGCGACUGGGAGGAAAUCACUUCAACUAGUCCAGAUGGCAACACAACAAUCCUGCAGGAUCGCAAAAGUGGAAAGCAGUACUCCAUCAAUGAGGCUCUGAAGGACGGUCGCUUGACCCAGUACGACAUGUCCUGCUACAGGGAAGGGAAAAUGUCCAUUACUGAGUUUUCCCUCCUUGUCGCUGGGGAACCCAGCAUGCCCGUCUUUCCUCCAGUCAUCCAUUCAGCCCAUCGAUCACCCAUCAGAACCACCUCACCCUCUCCUUUGAGCUACAUGCCAAGCUCCCUGAGGUCCUCCUUCCCCAGCCUCAACACUCAAUACAACAGCUCACCUCAACUCAACAUUCGCAAAAGUGGCAGUCUGAGCAACCUCACUUCCACAGCAGUGAUGAGUAUUUCCCCAUCUCCGGCAUUUUAGACACCACCACUGACAGCCGCAUGUCCGUGAGAA